CUUAUUCCCCUUACAUUCCUUAGUGAUGUCUCAGCUUGCCAUUUUAGGAGGAAUUAACUUUUGAUGUGUAGGAAAAAUGGUAACUAAUCUUAUAUAGAAUCAUGAGUGCUGAGUAUUAAACUCUUUGGCAGUAGGAAAAAUAAUGUGUCAGAGAGCAUUAGUUUUCAAGACCUGAAAUGAAAUGGCUUAACAUCUCAACAGAAGCCCUGGAGAUACAGCAAGUCUUAGGAGGCGGGACCCUCAGUGGUAUGGUGGAUCGAAGUGGAGGGUUGCUUGGUUCUGUUCCUCCAUCAGCAGGUCUGUCAAAGUUGCAUGCAUAACUGGAAUCAUUUGCUUCUUCCUGUUCUCCCUCCACUGCUAAGAGCCUUGGGACCGGAGUAGAUGUUUGGUGGUCUUGGAGUAAGGUGAGCUGGUAGACGACUGCAUAGUUUAGGAACCCCCAUGUGCUGCCUUAUCAGGAUGACUCCAGUAUUGACAGCCAUUGUCCCCUGAAUGCUAAAUUCCCAAUAUAUGCAUGUAUUAAGAUUUAACAUUGUACCCCAUUAAUAGGUGUAAUUACCAUGGGUCAACAAAAUAAAAACCCAAGAGACACAACAGAACCUUAGUCAAAGAUAUACAUAGGACAGUAAGUAGCCAUAUUUCUGGGCUUCAUAUCCAGUCAGAGCUUCAUGGUUCCAUGAUUGUUUGUGUCUGUUUUCUCUCAUUAUCUCUGCCCUCUGGCUUCCUUCUUGCUGUUUCUUCCCUGUCCAGGGAUGUGAAAGGAUUUGCUUCCUGGUAGAGUUUAUGCCAUGCAGUUAAAUUGUUUCUGCCAGUCAGUCCCUUGCUCACAAAACUUCAGUGGCCCACAGUUGUCCCAGGUGCCUCCAUACCUGGACCUUAACUUAUCUUCCCAAUUCUAUCUUCUGUAGAAUUUCUGCCUCCCAGGCUGGUCUCUCAAUGCCUACCCUUUUGCUUUUUCUCAGACAAGUCCCCGACCUGUCAUGUUCUUCUCCUCACUAACUGCUGGCUCCUACCCUGGGACUGAUUGAGUAAGGGACAGGAGACUGGUGCCAUUCAGGCUGUAGGACAUGACAAAUGACGAUAUGAAAUGCCCCCUCCCCCCUCACCAAAUCCCUACUCCUGCUCAUAUUGAAUGAUUGGUUCCUAGCUGGUGGUGCUAUUUUGGGAGGUGGUGGAGACUUAGGAGGUGGGGCCUAGCUGGAGGAAAUACAUCACUAAGGGAGUGUCUAUGAAGGUUAUACCUGGUCCCCAGUCCCUUCCUCACUCUCUGCUUCUUGGCAACCAUGAGUUGAACUUCUCUGUUCUACCACACCCUCCCUGCCAGGAUGGAUGAAACCUCUGAAACUGUGAACAAAAUAAAUACGUCCUUCCUUAAGUUGGUUGUGUCAGGUAUUUUAUCAUAGCAAUGCAGAAACAACUAACACACUAUGUUUAUAGAAGAUUUAUAUAAUUUGGGUCCAAGUUGAAUUUGUACAUGAAUAUAUUCAGCAUAGACGGUCCUCUACAGAAUAUGCAGUUGAGAUUCAACCUUUUUCACUUAACAUCUGUGAGCAUUUCCUUACGUAGUCGCCAUCUUUUUUUUUUUUUAAGCUCUGAGCUUGCCUCACUGUGUUGUGUUUUGGUUUUGAUUCUUAUGUGGGAUCUAAGGAUCUCUACCUUGAGAGCUUGCUAAAGCUGAGGAGUGCUGAGCUCCACUGUAGACCCAGAGAAGAUUCCAGAAGGGGAUGGGGACUUAUGAGGUCCACCCAAACUCUGGCCGUUGACUGCUCAUGAGUCUUGAUGUACAGUGUGAUGCACAGUGUUUAGCAGUCUGGCCAGACUUGCAGGCCAGUGCAAGGAAGGACCACUGAAAAGAAUCUAGAUUCUUAGGGCUCUACACAGUCCUAAUUACUGGGUAGGAAUUGGCCAGAGCUAUAGUGAAAGACUCACUGCUGCUGCCUCAACUGGUCUUUGGACCCUUUGAGAGUUCAUGGGCUUCAAGAUUGCAUUCUGUCUGAACCUUCUUUAUCACAGCCAUGUCUGUAGUCACCCACAUCUUGUUUUGUGUCAAAUAUCCUCCAAGGUAGAUGACCUGUGGUUUAUCUGAUAUGACCCCUGCUCUAGAGUCUACAGAAUCUGUGUGUGAGUAUGUGUGUGGCAGAGAUGGAGAGAUUCUUGGGAAAAGGAAGUAUUUCCAACCACAGAGCUUGCAUGGGCUCCUUCAGGAGUUUUGGUGCUGGUGGAGACUCUUGGGUUUCUGGAAGGCUGCUAAUACCUGCUGAGAGGUAGCACCUGCUGACAAUGAUGCCAAGGCCUUUAGAAUACACGGAGGAAGGAAGGAUGGGGUAAGAGCGCUUCUCCAGGAAAUGCUGAGGCCUGGAGCCAUUGGAACCAGGCCAGUGUGCAGAGGGUCCCUAAGCUGUAACUGCUUUUCUCUCUUUCCUGCUCUGUGUUGCUUUUUUAUCUGUUCCUUGUAUGUCUGAUUUCUUUGUGCAUUAGGUAAGAUUCUUAGCAGAUAUCUAUUCCAGGAAGUUAGAGAUGAAUUGUACAUCAGAAGGAAAAGCUUAGCUAAACUGGAAAUGAGAAGGAAAUUGGCUAGUUGAAAAAGAAUUGUGGAAAAAAUAUAUAUAACAUAAAAUUGACUAACCAUUUUUAAGCGUGUAGUUGGUAGUGUUAAGUACAUCCACAUUUUUAUGCAAUCACCAUCACCAUCCAUCUCCAGAACCAACUAAACACAAACUGCUCAUGGCCCUCUCCUCUUUGGCUGUGCUAGUCACCCUUCUGCUUUCUGUUUCUAUGAUUUUGAUGACUUAGGUAUCUAUCCCAGGUUAGAAUCAUAGAGAGGUUGCCCUUUUGUGUCUGGAGUGUGUGUAUGUGUGCACAGGUCUUCUACCACUUGAGCCCUUUUUUGCUCUGUUUUUGAGAUAGGGUCUCAAUUUUUUCUCAGGUUGAUCUGGACUGUAAACCUGGGAUGAUAGACACAUGCCACACCACCCAGUCAUGGGGUCUUGUGAAUUUUUUGCCUCUGCUGGCCUUGAACCAGGGUUCUCCCAAUGUCAUUCCUCCAAGUAGUAGAUUGUGUUUUUAAGUUCACCUUGUUUUGUGUUGAUAUUUUAAGUCAGUGCAUUAAGUAGAGGAGAAUGGACCUGAUUUAUCCCCAAUGGAGGCAGUCCUCCUGCUUCCUCUGCCUGUCCUUGUUGUUCAGACAGACAGGGCCAGUGUUUUACUUGAGCUAAUCCUCUGGGAAGGAUGAGCUGACAGCUGGGGGCUCCCAAAGUUUGUUUCCAGCUGUUCCCAGACUUCAGUGUUUUCUGUGAAAUGAUGGUGCCAGAUAAUAUACAAGAUGCCUGGCUAAACUGAAACCUCAGACAAACUGCAAAUAGUUUUAAAAAUAUAAGUAUGUCCUAAAUAUUGCAUGGGACAUACUUAUCCUGAAUCAUUUGUGUUUUAUCUGAAAUUCAAAUUUAACUAUCUUGUAUUUUUAAUUGCCAAAUCUUGGUCAUCCAAUAGUGAACAAAACUCUCAUGUUAGUAAAAGGCACAUAGUUAGCCAGAAGGAUCUCAGAAGAUGGGUGUAUUUGAUGGUGCACAGUGAGGCGGUUUGGCAUCAUCAACUUAUUUUUUGUAGAGUAUUAAAAGCUUGGAUGCUAGAUGCAGGAUUGGGAAGUGUCUGCCCAGACUUCUGCUGCUUGUGUCUUCAGAUAUUCAGGCACAAGUGCCUGCCGAUCUGAAUCUGAGCUGCACAUGGCAGGUCCUUUAUUCCUGUGCAGGUGCUGGGGUUCCUGACUGACGUUGGGACCCGAGGAGGCAGGUUUUGAGGAGUCUCUGAGAGUCAGGUGCAGAUCUGCCCCUCACUGUGGUUUAUGUUGCUGACUGACUGCACCAGCCGCUGCAAUGUGGUUUUAUGUAGUGUGAAUAAUUGAAACUUGACUCUUAAAUUUCCCCUCAUCCCUUCCUGUUUAACAGUCAACUGUCCUGGAAUUUAUUCUUGUUGGUGGUGCCUUAACUCAGCCUCCUCUGUGAGAAUUCACCAAAAAUGCCCUGAUGCCAAACGUCUGUUGGCACUGAGUGAGGCAGGCCAGCCUUGAGUCACCCUUUUCCUCUGCUUUCUGUGUGGCUGUGCUUCACUUACCAGCUCCUCUUGGGUUAGGGGCUGUGUCUGGUUUGCUUUCUCCUUAGUGUUUUGGAGGACAGAUAAUGAUGUCCUUAGAGAUUGCAAGCAGUGCAAACCCUUUUUGUAGCUGCUGGAGGUUAGGAAGAAGGAGCCAGCGCUGGGUGUUUUUCUCCAUGGAUGAGGACCAUCUAUAGCUGCCAGUCACUGAUCCCCGGCACCCUGCGGGAGACAUGAGUGGGCUGCCUGCUCAAAGGGCUUUUGUGGGUCAGAGGAGACACAGUGCUCUCUUCAGUGCAGAGGGAGAGAUACUUUAUGUUGGGGUUUUGAGGCCUUAGCAAUUUGUGGCUCAUUUUGGCCUUUUUCCUUCCCCUAAGGGGUGGUGUGAUUUUUAAUGACUCAACUCUGAUUGUAUUUCAAAUGUUCCCCACCCCCUUGUCAGUUUAUAGAGCAGUCCUCAAGCAAAUGUUUGUGCUGGAAGAAGGAAGAAGGGGGCCGUCGGGAUCCUCGGAGUCAGCUUCAGUUGCCGCCCUCACACACCAGUGUACUGCUGCAGGUUAACAUCUGGACUGGACUCCUGGCCCCUCGGAUACUCAGCUGCUCACAAGUUCCUGGAUCAAUUUGUUGAAAAUUACAUUCUAAGUGAGACCCUUUGAGUCAUCUAGGAAAAUGGUGGCCUUGUCCUUAAAGAUUUGUGUCCGCCACUGCAAUGUGGUGAAAACCAUGCAGUUUGAACCAUCUACAGCGGUGUAUGAUGCCUGUCGAGUCAUUCGGGAACGGGUCCCUGAGGCACAGACUGGGCAAGCUUCUGACUAUGGGCUGUUCCUUUCGGAUGAAGACCCUAGGAAAGGGAUUUGGCUGGAAGCGGGCAGGACACUGGAUUACUACAUGCUGCGGAAUGGGGAUAUUUUGGAAUACAAGAAGAAACAGAGGCCUCAGAAAAUCCGAAUGUUGGAUGGAUCUGUGAAGACAGUGAUGGUGGACGACUCUAAGACUGUGGGGGAACUCCUGGUCACUAUCUGCAGCAGGAUAGGAAUAACAAAUUAUGAAGAAUACUCUUUAAUCCAAGAAACCAUUGAAGAAAAGAAAGAAGAAGGAACAGGUACACUGAAAAAAGACAGGACGUUGUUACGAGAUGAGAGAAAGAUGGAGAAGUUGAAGGCCAAGCUUCACACUGAUGAUGACUUAAAUUGGCUGGAUCACAGCCGAACAUUCAGAGAACAAGGAGUAGAUGAAAAUGAAACGUUGCUGCUUAGAAGGAAAUUUUUUUAUUCUGAUCAGAAUGUAGACUCCAGAGACCCAGUGCAGCUGAACUUGCUUUACGUCCAGGCUCGGGAUGACAUCCUGAAUGGCUCCCAUCCUGUCUCCUUCGAGAAAGCCUGCGAGUUUGGUGGAUUUCAAGCCCAGAUUCAAUUUGGACCUCACGUGGAGCACAAACACAAGCCUGGAUUCUUGGAUCUUAAGGAAUUCUUGCCCAAAGAAUACAUCAAGCAGAGAGGAGCGGAAAAAAGAAUAUUUCAGGAGCAUAAGAACUGUGGAGAGAUGAGUGAAAUAGAAGCCAAGGUCAAGUACGUCAAACUUGCCAGGUCCCUCCGGACAUACGGUGUGUCCUUUUUCCUAGUGAAGGAAAAGAUGAAAGGCAAGAACAAGCUGGUGCCUCGCCUGCUGGGGAUCACCAAGGACUCGGUGAUGCGUGUGGACGAGAAGAGCAAGGAGGUGCUACAGGAGUGGCCCCUUACCACGGUCAAGCGCUGGGCGGCCUCACCCAAGAGCUUCACGCUGGAUUUUGGGGAGUAUCAGGAAAGCUACUAUUCAGUACAAACCACCGAGGGAGAACAAAUAUCCCAGCUGAUUGCGGGGUACAUUGAUAUCAUCCUCAAAAAGAAACAAAGCAAAGAUAGAUUUGGACUAGAAGGAGAUGAGGAAUCAACUAUGUUAGAAGAAUCAGUUUCCCCAAAAAAGUCCACCAUCUUACAGCAGCAGUUCAACCGGACCGGAAAAGCAGAGCAUGGUUCAGUAGCCCUGCCGGCAGUGAUGCGCUCGGGCUCCAGUGGGCCUGAGACCUUCAACGUUGGCAGCAUGCCCUCCCCGCAGCAGCAAGUCAUGGUUGGACAGAUGCACCGAGGCCACAUGCCCCCACUGACUUCAGCCCAGCAGGCCCUUAUGGGGACCAUCAACACGAGCAUGCACGCCGUCCAGCAGGCCCAGGAUGAUCUCAGUGAGCUCGACUCACUGCCCCCUCUCGGCCAGGAUAUGGCGUCUAGGGUAUGGGUUCAGAACAAAGUGGAUGAAUCCAAACACGAAAUCCAUUCUCAAGUAGAUGCUAUUACAGCUGGAACAGCUUCAGUCGUUAACCUCACGGCUGGUGACCCCGCAGACACUGACUACACAGCCGUUGGGUGUGCAAUCACCACUAUUUCUUCCAACCUGACGGAGAUGUCCAAGGGUGUGAAGCUUUUGGCAGCCCUCAUGGAUGACGAGGUGGGCAGUGGAGAGGACUUGCUCAGAGCUGCCAGGACCCUUGCAGGGGCAGUGUCUGACUUGCUGAAAGCAGUGCAACCUACUUCUGGAGAGGCUGGCCUGGACCGCGAUCCUCCUACCUAUACCUCCUGUGUAGCUGGGAUACAGCCUCGACAGACCGUUUUGACUGCUGCUGGAAGCAUUGGACAAGCCAGUGGGGAUCUUCUGAGACAGAUCGGAGAGAAUGAGACUGAUGAGCGAUUCCAAGACGUCUUAAUGAGUUUGGCCAAAGCUGUUGCCAAUGCUGCCGCCAUGUUGGUGCUAAAGGCAAAGAACGUCGCCCAAGUGGCUGAAGACACUGUCCUACAGAACCGGGUGAUUGCUGCUGCCACUCAGUGCGCCCUUUCCACCUCCCAGCUUGUGGCAUGUGCCAAGGUCGUGAGCCCCACCAUCAGCUCCCCUGUGUGCCAGGAGCAGCUGAUCGAGGCGGGGAAGCUCGUGGACCGCUCUGUGGAGAACUGUGUCCGCGCCUGCCAGGCGGCCACCAGUGACAGUGAACUCCUGAAGCAGGUCAGCGCAGCAGCCAGUGUGGUCAGCCAGGCCCUGCACGACCUCCUGCAGCAUGUGCGGCAGUUCGCCAGCCGCGGCGAGCCCAUCGGCCGUUAUGACCAGGCCACAGACACCAUCAUGUGUGUCACCGAAAGCAUCUUCAGCUCCAUGGGUGACGCUGGUGAGAUGGUACGCCAGGCCCGGGUCCUAGCCCAGGCCACUUCUGAUCUCGUCAAUGCCAUGAGGUCAGAUGCAGAGGCAGAAAUCGACAUGGAGAAUUCAAAGAAGCUCCUAGCAGCUGCAAAGCUCUUGGCCGACUCCACUGCUCGCAUGGUGGAAGCUGCAAAGGGGGCUGCAGCCAACCCAGAGAAUGAAGACCAGCAGCAGAGGCUAAGAGAAGCAGCAGAAGGCCUUCGUGUCGCCACCAAUGCUGCUGCUCAGAACGCCAUUAAGAAAAAAAUCGUCAACCGGCUGGAGGUUGCAGCCAAGCAGGCUGCAGCCGCAGCCACACAGACCAUUGCGGCCUCCCAGAACGCAGCUGUUUCCAACAAGAACCCUGCCGCCCAGCAGCAGCUGGUCCAGAGCUGCAAGGCAGUGGCUGAUCACAUCCCUCAGCUGGUGCAGGGUGUGCGAGGGAGCCAAGCUCAAGCCGAAGACCUCAGUGCCCAGCUGGCUCUCAUCAUCUCCAGCCAGAACUUCCUCCAGCCUGGAAGCAAGAUGGUGUCCUCUGCCAAGGCCGCAGUGCCCACCGUGAGUGACCAGGCCGCAGCCAUGCAGCUGAGCCAGUGUGCCAAAAACCUGGCGACCAGCUUGGCUGAGCUGCGUACCGCCUCACAGAAGGCCCACGAAGCCUGUGGUCCUAUGGAAAUCGAUUCAGCUUUGAACACAGUGCAGACACUUAAGAAUGAACUGCAGGAUGCUAAGAUGGCAGCCGUGGAGAGUCAGCUGAAACCACUUCCUGGGGAAACGCUGGAAAAAUGUGCUCAAGACCUGGGAAGUACCUCCAAAGCAGUGGGUUCCUCCAUGGCGCAGCUCCUCACCUGUGCUGCUCAAGGCAACGAGCACUACACAGGAGUAGCUGCUAGAGAGACAGCACAAGCUCUGAAGACUCUGGCCCAGGCUGCCCGUGGAGUGGCCGCAUCUACAAGCGAUCCAGCAGCUGCUCAUGCCAUGCUAGAUUCUGCUCGAGAUGUAAUGGAGGGCUCUGCCAUGCUCAUCCAAGAAGCCAAGCAGGCCCUAAUUGCACCUGGAGAUGCAGAGCGUCAACAAAGAUUAGCUCAGGUGGCCAAAGCUGUCUCUCACUCCUUGAAUAACUGUGUGAAUUGUCUUCCUGGUCAGAAGGAUGUGGACGUGGCUUUGAAGAGCAUCGGGGAGUCCAGCAAGAAGCUGCUAGUGGACUCGCUACCUCCGAGCACAAAGCCUUUCCAGGAAGCCCAGAGUGAACUGAACCAGGCAGCAGCUGAUCUGAACCAGUCUGCUGGGGAAGUCGUCCACGCCACCCGGGGCCAGAGUGGAGAGCUGGCUGCAGCCUCUGGAAAGUUCAGUGAUGAUUUCGACGAGUUCCUCGAUGCUGGCAUUGAGAUGGCCGGCCAGGCACAGACGAAAGAAGACCAGAUUCAAGUGAUAGGGAACCUCAAGAACAUCUCAAUGGCAUCCAGCAAGCUGCUAUUAGCCGCCAAGUCACUCUCUGUAGAUCCUGGUGCUCCCAAUGCAAAGAAUCUUCUGGCUGCAGCUGCAAGGGCCGUGACAGAGAGUAUCAACCAGCUCAUCACCCUGUGCACUCAGCAGGCUCCCGGGCAGAAGGAAUGUGACAAUGCCCUGCGAGAGCUUGAGACUGUCAAGGGGAUGUUGGACAAUCCUAAUGAACCUGUUAGCGACCUCUCUUACUUUGACUGCAUUGAAAGUGUGAUGGAAAACUCCAAGGUUCUGGGCGAGUCAAUGGCAGGGAUUUCACAGAAUGCCAAGACCGGGGACCUCCCUUCCUUUGGGGAAUGUGUUGGCAUUGCAUCCAAGGCUCUCUGUGGGCUGACAGAGGCUGCCGCUCAGGCUGCAUAUUUGGUUGGCAUCUCCGAUCCAAACAGCCAGGCAGGCCACCAAGGCCUGGUGGACCCCAUUCAGUUUGCCAGAGCUAACCAGGCGAUCCAGAUGGCUUGCCAGAACUUGGUGGACCCCGGCAGCAGCCCAUCACAGGUUCUGUCGGCUGCCACGAUUGUUGCCAAGCAUACCUCGGCCUUGUGCAAUGCCUGCCGUAUUGCCUCAUCCAAGACGGCCAACCCUGUGGCCAAGAGGCACUUUGUCCAGUCAGCCAAGGAGGUUGCCAACAGCACUGCAAACCUAGUGAAAACCAUCAAGGCCCUAGAUGGGGAUUUCUCCGAAGACAACCGCAAUAAGUGCCGUAUUGCCACUGCACCCUUGAUCGAAGCCGUGGAGAACCUGACAGCAUUUGCAUCUAACCCUGAGUUUGUCAGUAUUCCUGCCCAGAUCAGCUCUGAGGGCUCCCAGGCACAGGAACCAAUCCUGGUAUCAGCCAAGACCAUGCUGGAGAGCUCGUCCUACCUCAUCCGCACGGCAUGCUCUCUGGCCAUCAACCCCAAAGACCCACCUACCUGGUCCGUGCUGGCUGGACAUUCCCACACAGUGUCUGACUCUAUUAAGAGUCUCAUCACAUCUAUCAGGGACAAGGCCCCUGGGCAGAGGGAAUGUGACUACUCCAUUGAUGGCCUUAACCGGUGUAUCCGGGACAUCGAGCAGGCCUCACUGGCAGCGGUGAGCCAGAGCCUGGCCACCAGGGAUGACAUCUCUGUGGAGGCCCUGCAAGAGCAGCUGACUUCAGUGGUCCAGGAAAUUGGGCACCUUAUCGAUCCCAUCGCUACAGCAGCUCGGGGAGAAGCAGCCCAGCUGGGACAUAAGGUGACCCAGCUGGCAAGCUACUUUGAGCCCUUGAUCUUAGCUGCAGUUGGUGUUGCCUCCAAGAUCCUGGACCAUCAGCAGCAGAUGACGGUGCUGGACCAGACCAAGACACUUGCAGAGUCUGCCCUGCAGAUGCUGUAUGCAGCCAAGGAAGGUGGAGGAAACCCCAAGGCACAGCAUACCCAUGACGCCAUCACAGAAGCUGCCCAGCUGAUGAAGGAAGCCGUAGAUGACAUCAUGGUGACACUGAAUGAAGCUGCCAGUGAAGUGGGGCUGGUAGGAGGCAUGGUGGACGCCAUCGCGGAGGCCAUGAGCAAGCUGGAUGAAGGCACGCCUCCUGAACCAAAGGGAACAUUUGUCGACUACCAGACAACUGUGGUUAAAUACUCCAAAGCCAUUGCUGUCACAGCUCAGGAAAUGAUGACUAAGUCGGUUACUAACCCGGAGGAGUUGGGAGGACUGGCUUCACAAAUGACCAGUGACUAUGGGCACCUGGCUCUUCAAGGCCAGAUGGCAGCAGCCACGGCCGAACCAGAGGAGAUCGGCUUCCAGAUUCGCACACGUGUUCAAGACCUGGGCCACGGCUGUAUCUUCCUGGUGCAAAAAGCAGGGGCCCUCCAAGUGUGCCCCACGGACAGCUAUACCAAGAGGGAACUGAUAGAGUGUGCCCGUGCUGUCACAGAAAAGGUGUCUCUGGUGCUCUCUGCUCUCCAGGCUGGGAACAAGGGCACCCAAGCAUGCAUCACGGCUGCCACUGCCGUGUCUGGGAUCAUCGCCGACCUGGACACUACCAUCAUGUUUGCAACAGCAGGGACGCUGAAUGCAGAGAAUAGCGAAACCUUUGCAGAUCACAGAGAAAACAUUCUGAAGACAGCCAAGGCCUUGGUGGAGGACACAAAACUGCUCGUGUCAGGAGCUGCAUCCACUCCAGACAAGCUGGCCCAGGCAGCCCAGUCCUCAGCAGCCACCAUCACCCAGCUCGCCGAGGUGGUCAAACUGGGGGCAGCCAGCCUGGGUUCUGAUGAUCCUGAAACCCAGGUGGUGUUGAUUAACGCUAUCAAAGAUGUGGCCAAGGCUCUUUCUGAUCUCAUUGGUGCUACCAAGGGAGCUGCCAGCAAGCCAGCCGACGACCCCUCCAUGUACCAGCUCAAAGGGGCUGCCAAGGUGAUGGUGACCAAUGUCACCUCCCUCCUCAAGACUGUGAAGGCAGUGGAGGAUGAGGCCACCCGGGGCACCAGGGCACUUGAGGCUACCAUCGAGUACAUAAAGCAGGAGCUCACGGUGUUCCAGUCAAAAGAGGUACCUGAAAAGACAUCAUCACCUGAAGAAUCAAUAAGGAUGACGAAAGGUAUCACCAUGGCAACAGCCAAAGCUGUGGCAGCUGGAAACUCGUGUAGACAGGAGGAUGUGAUUGCGACCGCCAAUCUGAGCCGGAAGGCUGUAGCCGAUAUGUUGACAGCUUGCAAGCAAGCAUCCUUCCACUCUGAUGUCAGCGAGGAGGUGCGAACCAGAGCCUUGCGGUAUGGGACGGAAUGCACCCUGGGCUACCUGGACCUUCUGGAGCAUGUAUUGGUGAUCCUUCAGAAGCCAACCCCUGAACUAAAGCAUCAGCUGGCUGCUUUCUCCAAGCGAGUGGCCGGCGCCGUCACCGAGCUCAUCCAGGCAGCAGAAGCCAUGAAAGGAACAGAGUGGGUUGAUCCAGAAGACCCGACUGUCAUUGCAGAAACCGAAUUAUUGGGAGCUGCGGCAUCCAUUGAGGCUGCUGCUAAGAAGUUAGAGCAGCUGAAGCCAAGAGCAAAACCAAAACAAGCGGAUGAGACCCUGGAUUUUGAAGAACAGAUCUUGGAAGCUGCUAAAUCCAUUGCUGCUGCCACGAGUGCCCUGGUCAAAUCAGCCUCAGCAGCCCAGAGGGAGCUGGUGGCCCAAGGCAAGGUGGGCUCCAUCCCCGCCAAUGCUGCAGACGAUGGACAGUGGUCCCAGGGGCUGAUUUCUGCCGCCCGGAUGGUGGCAGCUGCGACCAGCAGUCUCUGUGAGGCAGCCAAUGCCUCUGUUCAGGGUCAUGCCAGUGAGGAGAAGCUUAUCUCAUCUGCCAAGCAGGUCGCCGCUUCCACGGCUCAGCUGUUGGUGGCCUGCAAGGUGAAAGCCGACCAGGACUCAGAGGCCAUGAGGCGGCUACAGGCAGCAGGAAAUGCUGUGAAAAGAGCCUCAGACAAUCUUGUUCGUGCAGCCCAGAAGGCAGCAUUUGGCAAAGCUGAUGAUGAUGAUGUGGUAGUGAAAACAAAGUUUGUGGGAGGCAUUGCCCAGAUCAUUGCAGCCCAGGAGGAAAUGCUAAAGAAAGAGCGAGAACUGGAAGAAGCAAGGAAAAAACUGGCCCAAAUCCGCCAGCAGCAGUAUAAAUUCCUACCCACCGAGCUGAGGGAGGACGAGGGCUAAGGCCAGGCCAGAAUGCCAGCCCCAGAAAUUGGCCCUGCAAGAACUGGACAGACAGUGUUCCUGAGAACCAGACACUUAGCUGGGAGCUAUCUGGCUCCCCCUGGGGCUAGCCCAGCACCUCGAGUCUCAUUCUCACUCCUCUGUCCUGUGGACACAGGCUGCAUGAUCGUGAUGUCAUAUGGUACAGCGUCCUACCCAGAGCUCCUCUGCCACCUCCCCUCAUGCCUCACUAUAUCUCACGAGAGAGGGGUGCACAUUUUGUGGACUGUUACCAAAAAAGAGAAGUCAGUAUUAUGUCAUUCUCAGAUACCUUUGCUUUUGUUCAUCCUCCUCUAGGCUUGCUCUGGGGCGUCUUUGUGAAAUCAUACUGGGAAAAAAAUAAUGGCCUGAGGGGAAUCGUUGAUAUCAUAGAUACUCUUCUCCCUCUCAAGAGAAGAUGGAAGUUGAAGUUGGACAUGGUUAAUAAAAGCCAGAAAUACAAACCCAGGUGGCUCUGGGAGGGUGACUAAGGUUCCCCUUCCGUGUCUUGAGCACUGACUCACCCAAGGGGUAAAGAAUCCCCGCUCUUAUUUGCACGCCUCCUUGCUUAGUGUGUAAGUUCCUUGUACAGUCUACACCCAUCUUGUAUUCUGUGGCCAGGAAAAUCAAGCAGUUUUUUUUUUUUUUGUUCUCCAUAAUCCAAAGGACAGAGUUGUGGGAGGCUGCCAGGGUUUGGGGGCAGGGACUGGAAUAAAACACAUGGGCUCCUUACUCUACAGAGGCUGCUUCAAUUCCUACAGAUGCAUACACACAACCUAUGUCCCUGAUUACAGUCAACAAAGUGCUCCCUAAGCAGCCAGGGGGAGCUUCAGCUGGAAUGAAGCAACUCCAUCUUCAAGUCCCAGGUUGGUCUCUCUGCUCUUAGAGGACCAAAGGCAUCUGCUUAGAAAUGUGUCACCUGUCUUCCAUCCCAAGAGAACGUUUUUUCUGAAUGUUGGUAUUCCUAAACUCUAGAUGCAUCCUAAAAUCAACGUGGACCUUUUUAACUAUGAUAUUGUUGCUCAUUGUCACGUAAGUGAAGACAUACAGUGUUUUCAGAGUCCAUCUUCUGGGUGCCAUUCUUCCAGCAUUUCAUAUUUCUUCUCCUCCUUCCUUUCUUUUUCCUUUUGAGCUCUUUCCUGGGAAGGGCGUUAAGAGCUUGAAUUUAUGUCAAUCUGAGCCGCUACCCAAGACGAUACAUGAAGGAUGAGUGGCUUGUGGGAUAGAGCCUAAUGCCAGGUAGCAGUGUCUGAAAGAAAUCCUGACAGGAAGAUGAGAGUUAAUGGGGGGUUUGCCAAACUGUUGAAGGCAGAAUCCUCCUCAUCCCUUGGGGUGUGGUACCAGGUCACACUCUUGGGGUGUGGUUUCACUAUUUGAAACCAAAUAGUUUCAAAAUUCCACCCAGGAGGAAAAUUUGGGGCUCUGGCCCUCAAAAGAUGUCAAUUUCCACUUUGCCUAAUGAUCCUGCAUUAAUAGACCUGAGCCCAUGCCAUGGUUUUAAAAUACAAUUCAACUUUUGACAGCUUCCCAUACUUAUAAAGUACUUAUAAGUGCUGCACAUAUGAGUUUGGUUUUUUUCAGACAGGUAGAAAAUUAGUGUAAAUAGUAGAAAUGCUGUGUGACUGAAAAGCAAAUGCAGAGAACACGUGGAGGAGUGAGGGAAGAUGGCAACCAGCCCAGCAGAGGAGGUGUGCCGGGGAGCCCCGGCCUCUCAGGGAGAGUGACAUGCGUGUUAAGUGUAGGUGAAAUAGCUCUUCAUGCCUGCACUGGCGGACACUUUAAAGGGGCACAGGAGCUUUCCAAAACUAUAAAUCAGACCCCAAAUUUGGGGUCAAGAUGUUAAUGACCUCAUAUAGGACUCUGGGGAGGUGUGCCAUGGCCUGGCCCACCCUCUUCCCUCCAGUGCCCAGUGCCCACUUCUUUCCACUUGUCCCCUGUCACAUGCUAGCAUCCCAGCAGCAAGGCAGAGACAAGCAGAGAGUUCUCUGCCCCUGCCUUAGGCUCACUUAAAACCUUGACUGCCUUUGUUACCAGAAAACCCUGCAGAGACAAACCAAAUGGAAAGGCCUGUCCUCUACAACUUUAAAGACCAGGACUGGAACACAGGUUUAUUUUUGUAGGAACUGUAUAAAUGCUCUCCUGUCUGGAGUUUUCUGCUGCUAGGAGCUUUAGAGAAAGUUCCCAGUUAUCACCUGGUUUGGUCCUCUUUGUAUCUGUCUCUUUCUUGUCAUGUACACUGCACGUGUGUGUGAAUGGCCUCAUAGCCAGCUUGGUCUUUUCUCACUUCAUAAAAUGGGUGGAAGCCAUGCUUUGGGCAAGUGUCUUGGGGAUGGCACCAAGGGGGAUUUCUGGUUCCUCAAAGGGAAAGAAUGCAGAUAAUGCAUUGAACUUGGGGUGUGAACUUUUAGAGCAUCUAACCAGAGGGUAGUUAUGGGUAAAAGUAGCACAGCAAUGCAUCCAUCUGUGUGAGGGGAGAGCAGGUGUGCAGAUGUGUGCCCUCCUCACUCCCUCUGCGGGUGAGGGGAACGCAUGUUCACUUUGGAUCUUUGGGUCGAAUUUUGUCCCCAGAAAUUGUUUCUGAUGGUCAAAAAAGGAAUGAGCUAGACUUUGGAACAGCCUGGUGAUUUGGGAGUUUCUAUUUGGGUUGGUUCUACCUUUCAUAACUGAUCAGGUCAGGAUGCUAAGGUCACGUUUGGUCAGCCAGCCCUCAUGGAGCUCUUCCAGGGUCCAGUCCAUAACUAUCAGCCCAGGCAAGUGCUUGGACCUUGGCUGUUCCUCUGGUCAUUACAAGUGGGCUACAGGCAGCUGUCCGGCCUGCAGUCUGUGCAGGCCUUCAGGGCCGAGCCAGCCCUUUGGGCAUAGGCUUUUAUUCCAAAAAAAACCUGAGAUUCUCAGAGGCCUUAACUGCGUGCUUUCUGAGUGUUUUAAUAGCCAGUGAGUGUACAGGCAACUGGUAGGUGGUCCCCAAAGUCUCUCCCAGCUCGGAGGAUUUAGGUUAUGAUCAGGCCUCUGGGUCCAGGCCUUAAGACCCCCACAUAGACUGUCAGCAUUGCUGCUCUCAGAUUCCUGGAGGAAACAAACCCUCCAGUGACCAAGGGAACCCUUAGCAGGAACCAAGGAAUGUAAACAAAAUAUUCAUUUCUGGCUGAGAGGCAGUGGUCCCCAGAGUUAUGAAACCCAAAAGUCCUGAUGGCUGUGUUAGUGGCUUAUGUCUCACCUCUUCACAGUCCUCCAAGUGCUGGCCUCAGGAGGCAACCUACUGGCGAAGGAAUCCUUUCCAAAGGAGUCUCAAGUACCACGCUCAAGUUCCCUGCCACCACCUGCUCCACCUCUCUGAGCUUGUGCAUGGUGUGUACAGUUAUGGUCAUUGGAAAUGAGUGUGUAACAGACCUUCUGUGAUGUGAAAAUACCAUGAAGGAGAGCUGUUGCUUUUCUCUGAUGGGGUUUUAGUUCAGCCUCUGGCCCUCAGGGAGUGUUGCCAUGUGAGAGCCUCCAGUGGUGUCUCCUUGUCCAGAAAGCACCAGCUUGGGUUUCCCUCAGCUCCUCGCUAAGCUGCAACAUCCACAAGAAAGACAGAAAAGUGAGCUCUGCCCUUGUCAUGUGUCUAAUCACAUAAAUUAAUUUAUCUAAUCACAUAAAUUAUUUUUUUUAUUCAUCAGAAAUAAACUUUUAAAGGA